GUGGGCGCCAUCGCACGUCCCGCUCCCCGGCACGGGGCGGGAGGGGAGACUGAUCCAUAGCUGGACUUCUACCAGGCUGUUGUAUUGGGAUGCUACCAUUUUGGAGCCAUAUAGUAGCUUAAUUUAAUGCGUCGUUGUGACCUGUCAUACACUUCCUCAGGCAGAGCAACGCACAAAGACAUUCUCAUGACUCCGUUAUGUGAAUACUGAUUUUGAUCAUGCAAGACCAAAAAGCAAAAGAUAGACACGCAGAAACCCUCCUUCUCUACUGAAACGGUCAUUAGAUGCAGCUUUCCAGCUUUGAAGGCUCCAGUACAUUCCAGCCUAUGAAACUGAAUUUAGGAGAUGGAGGACCAUGCUGGCAAUGAAAAAGGACUUUCUCAAGUUCUUUAUGGGUAGAAGAGAGAGAACUCUCUUGAAACGUACUCUUGAUGGAAGCAAAUGUUAAUAAAAAGAAUCUGAACAAAACUAGUGACACUCUGCCAAGUGCUGGAGACACCCCUGCUAGUGUCUCUGCCCUCUUGCCUUCAGAGCAGGUUGCACCAUCAAAUGUGCUGGAUAUUCCCCCAAUUUUGCCAGAAGCUAGACCACGGGGAAGUCGGCCAGGCACUGCAAUAAUAUCAAAGCAGUCAGACUCUUCAAACAUGUCUCGGAUGCCACUGAAUCGACCAGUCAUCCCACCAAGAAGACCUUGCUUCAGGAUAUGCUAUAUCUGUGGCCGAGAAUUUGGGUCACAGUCCAUUUCUAUACAUGAACCCCAGUGCUUAGAGAAGUGGCGUAUUGAAAAUGAUCAGCUACCAAGACAUCUGAGAAGACCAGAGCCUCGGAGACCUGAGGUCCUUACUGGUGGUUCCUGUAUGGUUACAGCUGAAAAUGAAGCAGCUUAUCAGAGUGCUCAAGCCCAGCUUCUGCCCUGUGGAAAUUGUGGCCGGACCUUCCUUCCAGACCGUCUCAUUGUGCACCAAAGGAGUUGCAAAGGAAAUGGCAGUGGUGUGGGGUUACCAAGUUCUAACCCCCAUAAAUCUGGCUCAGCAAGAGAAGACCCAUCUAAGAGCAGUCAACGAAAGAGCGGGGCUGCACCAGCCACGUUAGACAAGGCACGAGUGGUAAGACGGCCACCAACAGUGAUUUGUUACAUAUGUGGCCGUGAGUAUGGAACAACAUCUAUUAGUAUCCAUGAGCCACAGUGCCUGAAAAAGUGGCACCAAGAGAAUGACAUGCUACCCAAGCGCUUGAGGAGGCCAGAGCCCAAAAAGCAUGAAGUCAAUCCCAUACAAGCCCAAGGUUUCUAUGAUCUUGAUGCUUUAAAUGAGGCUGCCUGGAUCAGCGCCCAGAACCAGCUAGUUCCAUGUGAUAUUUGUGGGCGUACUUUCCUUCCAGACAGACUGAUCGUACACCAGAAGUCCUGUAAACCGAAACCUGCAACAUAAAGUGGAUGUGACACACAUACAUACUUACGCGUGCAUGUUCCCCCACCCCCUGCCCCCCCGUGUGUGUAGGCAUGAAGGCUCACUCAUGCACUUGUACCUUUCAACCAAACUACAGGAGAAAUAAAAUCCAGCUGGAGAGCCAUGGGCAUAAAAACUGCAGUGCGCUGUUAAAUUGCAUGAUCCCAAAGUUUCCAGAGUAAAACCAGCAGUUGCUACUGCAGGGUUAUGUCAAAUACAGUGAUAUUGAGCCCAACAGUAGCAAAUAUGGCUCCUCGUUUCAGAUUUUCAGGUAGCAUCACCUCGAAAACACAGUUUGAGAAGGUUGGCAUAGAGAAUGCUUGAAAGUAAUGUUAAAUAUCACCUUCUCACUCCUGCUCCUGCGCUUUCCUUCCUGUUCUGGAAGGAUCCUCCCAGGUUGUUUUUUAUUUGCUGUGCUGUCCUCAUCUCUGUGGAUCAAAUGCAACGUGUAGAGCAGGGCAUCUGCCCUGCUCCUUUCACAGCCUUUUGGAUUUAGCUAGCUGGGCCCUUGAAAGAACUUGUGCCUUCUGCAUGCGUUUCCUGACUUAUGUGCCAUGUUUUGGUAUUCAGUAAGGGACAGAAAGAAAUGAGCCAUAGCUGCAGGAGGUUUUUUGCUGCAGAGAUCCUCAAGAGAUUAUCCCACAGGGAUCCAUCUUAUGGUCUUGCUUUUCAACAGGUUUGUGAGACUGGGAGAGGUGUCUUACUGUCAGGAGCUUCCUUGUCAACAGGCACAUUUGUCUGCAAAUGCUGCUCUCAGUGAAUGCACCUACUGCUUCAGAAACUGAAACUUCAGAAAACUUUUAGGAAAUCUUUUAGUUCUGAUGAGGACUGAAUUUUCAGUGGAAGCAAAACCAAGUGAUGUUGGUCAGGAAAUUUUUUUUUGAAUAAUCAUCUCAAUUUUUGCCUUUCCUUCCAUCAAAGACUUCUCUAGUCAGUGUGAGGACCUCCAGCUGAACUUCAGUAAUCAAAGAACCCAAGCAGCUCCAUUGUUGUUGGGCUUUGUCUAUUUUUUUUCUUCCUUUAUUUUUUUCCUUGUCAUUAGUCACAAGACAGUUUGUUGACUCCAAACAGAGCUUAACUCCAUGCAGCACCCCAGCGCUCAUACCCUUGUGGGGCAGUGCAGUUCCUGAUGCCUGUGAGUGCCGCAGAUGAAACAUCCCCAUAGAAAGGGAUCCAUCUAUGGGGCAGAAGCAGAGGCUGUCUGUUUUAGAAAACACCCCAAAAGGGCACUCUUCUUGGAUCACUUCUCGUUUAAGAAUGAUAGCAACAGUGGGAUUUGCCCUCAGCUAGAUUAACCGAUCAUGCCAAAAGUCAUAAGUUAGAGGACCACAUCUUUCUCAUGAACCUGAUAAAACAUAUUCUUAUGUCAAGCGAAAAGAAGCAUGGAGUGUCCGAUGGAUGGAAUAAGAUACCACCCUGCUCUCUAUGCAAAAUGUGACCAAAAAAUCAUGUCAGUAUGGGCA